CGCGUGGUGGUGCUGGGAGGUGUAGUUCCUCUGGUUAAGCGUUCAUGGCUCUCACGGACGGCGCAUCGUAUCUAGCGGAGCUUGUAAUCAGGUCAGACGUUCCGGCUUCCCCCACCUCCUAGCAGCAAGCAGGGAAUGGCACCGAAAGCCGACGCUCGAGUCUGUCCCCCUCCCCGCCCCCAGAACUGAGUGGUCCAGGCCAGAGACCGUAUUUGUGGGUCGCGGCUGUCAUUGCGGGGAGGGAGCCUCCUGUUCGUCCGCCCAGUUGGAGAUGAAGACGUAUAUUAUUUAUGGCUGGUUUUAGACAUCAUGCACCAUCGUUGGCUCCUGCUUCUUGCAUGCUUUUGGGUUGUUUUCAUGUUGAUGGUUGCAAGCAAGUUCAUCACCUUAACCAUGAAAGACCCUGAAGGUUUUGGAGUUAAGACAGGCUCGUUAACGGUUUUGCCCGAAAUAGAAAAAGUGACUGUGACAGAAAAGAAGUUACAGAUUGAACCCCAGCCAACUGCAAAACCUCUAAAAGAUGUAUUACGCACAGAACAUAUACACAUGGAGCGACUUGAGCUUCUAAGGGACAUGUGCCAGAACGAAUCCUUUGGAAACCUCUCUCGUUCAGCUGUAUCAAAGUUUGUGUUGGAUCGGAUUUUUGUGUCUGAUAAGAAGAAGAUCCUCUUCUGUCAAACUCCAAAAGUAGGGAAUACCCAGUGGAAGAAAGUACUGAUUGUUUUAAAUGGCGCAUUUCCUUCUAUUGAGGAGAUUCCAGAAAACAUAGUCCAUGACCAUGAGAAGAAUGGGCUCCCAAGGCUCUCUUCAUACACUGAACCUGAAAUACACGAGAGGCUUAAUUCGUAUUUUAAAUUUUUCAUUGUACGAGAUCCCUUUGAAAGGUUAAUCUCUGCUUAUAAGGAUAAAUUCGUCCAUAACCCUCGUUUCGAGCCAUGGUAUAAACAUGAUAUUGCUCCAGUGAUCAUCCGCAAGUACAGGAAAGAUCGUCGGGAAACCAAGGGAGGCCUGCAGUUCCAAGACUUUGUGCGAUACCUAGGUGACCCAAACCACAGAUUUCUUGACCUCCAGUUUGGUGAUCAUAUAAUUCAUUGGGUGACAUAUGUAGAACUUUGUGCACCAUGUGAAAUUAAUUAUAAUGUGGUUGGACAUCAUGAAACUCUUGAGGAAGAUGCCCCAUAUAUCCUGCGGGAAGCUGGUAUUGACAGGUUAGUGUCUUACCCUACAAUACCUCCAGGGAUCACAACCUACAACAAGUCCAAGGUCGAACACUAUUUCUCCAAAGUGUCCAAAAGAGACAUCAAGCGUCUUUAUGCAAGGUUUGAAGGUGACUUCAAACUCUUCGGAUACAAAGAGCCAACAUUUUUGUUUUGAUGUUACGCUGCCUGUUUGCACAACAGUUUCACUGUGGGAUUCUGAACAAAAACAACUCUAAAUUCAUCUUCUACUCUCUUUAUGAACAAAUUGAAUUGAUUUUGCAUGGUUAUGGCUGGGUCUUCUAAUCAUUUGGAAUUUGCACUUCACCCAAACUACCAUGAUACUUUGCCAGGUUUCUAUAACAUAACUGGAGAUCAAUUAGCCUUGGUCACUGAGUGACAGUAGGAUGGAUGAAUGGGGUUUAAAUUCAAAUUCAUAGAUAAGUAUUUUAUUGCUGUCUUGCAGUAAACACUGUGUAUUAACAAGGUAUUUUUGACAUGAACAUUUUAGAACCUUCUAAACCAACCCUGGAGUCUUGACAGCAAUAUGUGCUGUACAUGCGCUCCAACUGCUUUGGAUAUUGGGGGCUCUGUGUAAAAGAGCUAUACUGGUGCAAUCCUGCUGAUAGCACCAGUUUGCAUUAAAAAUACUCUUUAUACAUAUUCCCCACACAUGUAUCACAUCAUAAAGAGUUGGAAACUUAUUGAAGUUGCAUGAAAGUAAACAUGGCUGCCAGGGUAUUUAUAUCUAGCAUCUUUGUAGUAGUUGCAUCAUAAUAAAAAUUAAAACUGGUCUCUUUAACACA